UGGUGUAUAGAUCAGCAGCACGUCGGCCGAGGGGAACACAAAGUCGCGGAUCUUGACGAGCAGUGACCACCGCCGCGGCUGCGCUAGGCAUUACCUGUGCGAAGACGCGAAUGUUGAGGUAGGUGACGCGGUGAGAAUGGAGAGCGUGAAGAGCGCCAGGGCUAUCAUCGGCAUCAGAGUGAGAGGGUUGAGCGAGGUAUCGUCGGUUGCCGCGGCGGCGUCCAAGUUGAUGGAGGGGCCAACCGAGGACGCAAGCGACAGCGAAUUAAAUAUGGUGCGUGGCGGUGGAUGCCGGGUAGGAGGAGCUGGUCAAUGCUGCAGCGGACGUGUAGUAGAUGGUGGAGGGCGAGGGCGAGGGCGAGGGCGAGGCGGGGCGCUUGGACGUGCGGAAGGCGCGGUGUGCAUGGGAAAGGUGGUGCAUAGGAGAGGUGCGAGGGCGUGGCAGGCGACCCAGCUGUGAGCAUUGUUAUGUUGAGUGUGAAUAUCGUGGAAGUCAGGACGGCAAGGGGAAGGUCGUGGUCGUAUUCACUGCCAUUAUCGUGGUCGCGGGAGCUGAGAAGGUUGCACUCGUCGGAGUAGGCGUCAACAAUGCGUCGAUGUGUAAUCUACGGGAGCGGUGUUCAUGCUGGUGUUGAAGACAGCGCCCUGGCGCCGACUACAUUGUAGAAGGCUUGCCAAUCGACCCGUCGCGGGUGCUGUUGCGACAUGCCUGUCGUAGAUUGUCGUCGCGGCAAAAGAUGCGCCUGGGUAGCGAGCAGAUCUUUCGAGCUGUUGCGGAGAGAUGUAGGAGGCUGCAAGCUCGUGGGAUGGAGAG